UUCACUACUGCAAACAACAGUCGACGACACAAGCGUCUGCACUGUGAUACCCCGCGGGCCCGUCCUUAAAACCCACCUGGGAUCUGGCCCUGGUGCUCCGGCGUGUGCAGCGGAGUCUGGGAGGGGCAUCCGUCCGCACGUCCGGGUAAUGGCGGAUGGGGAAGCCACCGUGUCUGUGGAGUGGGACAGCAGUGAUGGGGGCUUAGCAGAAUAACAUCCCACUUCUGCGUGUCUAUUUUCUCUGUUUAGCUUGGUAUUCAGCUCUCGCCAUGGAUCCAGAGAAAACGCUGACAUUCUGCCUCGGGCUGAAAGCUGAGGAGAUGACCAUGUCCCUGCAGGGCCUGGAUGGGACUGAAGCUGCUACGGUGGCUGUUUCCCAGAAGGAGCCUGACAUGCGCACAGUGAAUAAGGUGGUGAAGCAUCACGGGGGCUCAGGUAGCCAGCCUGGUGUCAGCCCCAAGUACUGUCCAGGGGUCAACAACAACCCCGGCUACCUGUGUGAGACGGGGCACUGCUGCGGAGAGACGGGCUGCUGCACCUACUAUUAUGAACUCUGGUGGUUCUGGCUGCUGUGGACGAUGCUGAUCCUCUUCAGCUGUUUCUGUGCUUACCGCCACCGCCGAGCCAAGCUGAGGAUCCAGCAGCAGCAGAGACAGAGGGAGAUCAACCUGAUCGCCUACAACGGAGCCAGCAACUACCCUUCCUCCAUGCUUGACCUCAGAGGUAUGGAUCCACAGGCAGUACUUGUUAGUUUUCUGGCAUCCUUCAAGUUGCCUUCCUACGAGGAGGUGGCGGCGCAGCCCUGCACUCCUCCUCCGCCUUACAGCUCCGUCUUCGCCCUGCAGGGAGGAACCAUGGGGGGUCCUAGCUCCUCCUACCCUCAUUACCACCACCACCAUCACCCCUGCCCUCCCUAUCUGGGCCCCGGCCCCGGUCCCAGUGGCCUGACUUCCUCCCAGAGCUCUGACAACUACACCAGCUGCUCCUGCGAGUCGUGCUCCCUCACCUCCCCCUCCAGCACCUCCUUCUCUCUCCAGGUGACAGACGAGACGUACAGCAGCCACUUCUCCACCCCCAGUGAAGCAGGGUGCGACUGCGCCGUCAUGCCGAGGCUCGGGGCCAACUUCACUCCGACUUCUUCCCCGACACCUCCUUCACAAGUUCCACCUGAUGUCAUCCCUGCCGCCGCCCCAGAUGUCAUACCCAUGCAGAGAAGGUCCCCUAACGGCAGUGAAGGGGUCCCGCUGCCAGCUCUCUCUCUCCCUCUACACUCUCGUCCUUCACACCCUUCUCGCCUGCCACUUUCUCCCCUCAUCCUGUUAUCCUCCCUCUCUCCUGGUCAAGUCCAUCCUCUCCUCUUCUCAGACCCACUUGGAGCCAUUCAGAGAAGCAGAGAAGAAGAGGUCCUGCCUCGUGGUCCGCCCCCCAGACCCGCUCUGUCCCCCCCUAAACCGGCUCUCUUCGCUUCAAAUGUGGCUGUUUUAACAUAUUACAUCAACAAAAAAGAGGGGCAAAAACGGGAAGAGGAGGAAGAGGAAGAAGAAGAGGACGAGGAGGAUCAUUUCCGGCAUCGCAGGCUAACGGGUGACUCGGGCAUCGAGGUAUGUCGUUGUCACGUGAAGAGAGAAGAGCAAGAGGAGGAGGAACUGCAGAAGGGGCAUUUUUGGAAAGGAGGAAGAGAGGCUUUGCAGGAAGAGGAGAGGGCAGACGUGCUGCACGACAGCAUGGACUGCUCCCUGAGAGCGAGGGCUGCCGCUCACUCGCCGCUUUCUGAAGACUGCGCUGAACAGCGAGGCCUCGUCUCCUCAUCCCGCAGAAUCCUCCAGAAGACGGGCGAGGCCAUCAUCACUGUGGAGUCCUCGUAAGCUGACAGCCAGUCAUGUGGUCCAAAAGAGAAAGAAGUGUGAUGAAAAUGCUUGAUAGCAUCUUCAUGGAUCAAGACUAGUAGGUGAAAAGUCACUGAAGAAAAGUCUUGCAGGUCUUACUUUAAUGGUUGGAGACGGGAUGAGAAAUGAAACCUCUUGUUUUCUCUGUAUUUAAAUGAGAAACUCCCAGAGAAGCCGACACCUGAAAACCCUUUUUUUAAGUUAAUUUAUUUAUGGUUUAGGAAAAGGCAUAUCUUAUUCUCUGAAGUUAUUUCCCCAUCUCCAUUUUGACUAGUGGCUCAGUGUCCUAUCUCUAUGUCCCUUUACUGUUUAACGUUUAGCUCCAUAGAAACGACAUGCCUAAUAGUCAGUGGUUCCCAGCCUGGUGGUCAGGAGGACCCCUCAAGACGUCUCCAGAUAACUCGAGGUGUCUUGACGACUAAUCGUGUAAGAAAGUAGAAACAUAUUGUUAUGAUAAAGAAAAAAUGACAUAAUGCUUUAUCUAAUAUCUUUUUUAUGUGAAACUAUUAACAGUUUUUUGUGCACUUCAAAGUUGUUCAAUAAAACAAUUGAGAGGCGAAAAUCUAUCUUUUAAAGGGCCUGCUUUAAAAGUCUUGGUGUAUGAGGGGUCCACACAUUAAUAUUGUUUUAUUUUAAAGGGUCACACACACCACGGUUGGGAACCGCUGAAGAAGACUGGCUAUCAUCAACUCACAUUGUUUUAAAUUGAGGACAAAUUAUAUUCUAGAAGUUUAUGAAGUUAAGUCACUCAACAAAUUAUUUUCAAAAGAGCAGCUCUAAUUUAUUGUGUCUCUUGAUCCUGUUAUAUAAUCUUAAUUCACUGGAUCCUAUCUUUGAAGGAGGUUCACAACUAUUGAAUAGUUCGAGGUAUGUGGUGAAAUAUAGUGACCCUUUUAGUUGUAGGGUGAUUUUAUUUGCUUUCACCAGCCUACUUCCCUCUGUUUUAGAGGAAAUAAGAAGGGAACCAUUAUGACUGAAUUGUGAAGUGUGUGUUUUUAUACAUUGUGUCUUAUGUUGCUCCCAAUAGGAAAGGGGUGCCAACUUUAAAGGUGGGGUAGGUCAUUUUGGAGAAACCAGCUCGAGUGCGCUAGAAUUUGAAAAUACACAGCCGGAAGAAAUCUGCCACUUCCUUACAGAGCCCCUCCUCCAAGACACACGAACGCGCACAUGACCAAUGAGGGCACGAGAUAAGUUUGUGCACAGAUGGAAAGCUGACAGACAGGUAGGCCAUCCAGUUAUUUUAGCCGGGCCGGCAAAAAUGAUUGGUCGUGCUUUUUACAGUAUUACAAUUUCCACAGAUGACAUUUUUUAAUGGAUUUUUUGUCAAAGCACUUAAGAUAUUCAUUGCUAUCGGGAUGUUAAGAGCAUUCCAUGGAAUAUAACAAAAGGUGUAUCUCGAGCUGGUUUCUCAAACUUACCUACCCCACCUUUAAUUAUAUCUUGUGGGUGGCAAAGCUUUACAAUGGUAUUAUAUUGUUGUUUCAGACUGUUACAUGAUUAUACUGUAUAAUGAACUGACUGUUUGACUUUGGAUUUAAUGUUGUUGAACACGUUUUCCUGGUUGGUCGUUGCCAUUUUUUUGCAAGGCAACAUAAAUCUGAUUCCUCCAUGGGCGGACUGUUUGGUUUUUACGAGGCAGAAACUUUAAGCCUAGUCUCCUCACUGUUAUUGAAUGUAAAAGGUUAUGCAUCGCAACAAAAAGGAACAUUUAAAUUGUUUACUGAUAAUUUUUAUAGAAUGCAGCUUGACUGAAAAACCUCUGGAAAAGUGUCCAAAACUGCAGCAAGGCAAUACAAUCUGCCAGGUGUGGGGUUUGAAAUAAAGUGCCGAUUGUAAUGUCUGUCUGAGGCAAGAAAUGAUUGUGAGAUAUCGAAGGUGUAAAUGUACGAGGUAAAGGGUUUAAAGUCAGAGUAAUGCCUCUUUAUUUUCUGUGGCUAAAAGGUGGUCACUUCUGAGAGUUGGACUUCUUUUCUCUUAAUGUAACCUGGCUGAUCCUUUUUUGUAUGUAAAAUCAUCCGUCAGUUGCACAGUGUGUAGAGAAUAGCCUCACUGUGAGGUAGAAACUUGUGGUAGAUGCUCUUACUUGAUAGGAUUGUGUGAAAUUGGAUGCUUUUAGCAGUGGGAAUAGCACAAAUGUACUCUUGUAAUUAAUUCUCAGUGCAAAGUGUACUAAAGCAUGGUGAGUGAGAAUGUCUCCCAUCACAUUUUUGUACGUGUUUGUCUUGUCGUGUUUGUCAAUAUGAGACAAAUGUGUCUGUAGUUCAAUGACUAGACGCCACUUCAUUGUGUCCUUGGCUCAGUGCAAAGCCACCUUAAAUGUCUAAAGUUGAAGGCAAAGCUUUCAACUCAUUUAUAGUUCUACGGAGUGAAAACAUUGCCUGGGUUAGGCUCAAUAUUACCUUUUAUUUGUCACAGACAGAUCUUGUUUGUAUAUGGAGUCUAAGGAUGUUUUGGUUUGUUAUGAAGGUCAUUUUAACAUCCUCUGAUCAUCUCUGCUGAAAGCUCUCCUGUGAUGACUCGGAGGUGAAGGAUGGUCUGACUGAGACUGUUCCCCCUCUGAACAUUUCAAUAUGAAAUAUUUCUGGCGGCUAUGGUAAAUGUUUCGGCUAUAUAGUCGGGAAUUUUUUUAUUUUGUGAUAAGUUUAAUGUGCGUUUAUCAAAGUAUAUGGUGCCUAGAUGAAAAUAGACUUUCUGUAAGGCAUUGAUAUAGUUUACUGCUGCUAUGCGAGUGUAUAUGUGUUUUAUGUAAAUUGUAAAGUCGUACAUCAAAUGGGCAAACGUUUUCUAGCAGUGCUUAGCGGUCUCUUUAUAAAAUACACAGUACGCAGUACAUGUGAGACUUGCAAAAAUAGUAUUUAGCAAUAGUAUUCACACUUUUUUCCUUACUCUAGUUAAUGCUGGUUGAUAGGAAAUUAACUGUUGUGAAAAAGACAUUUACCUCUUUAUUACUGAUCCGUGAGCUGUGCUGGGCAGAGGCCUGUGAUUGUACAUGACUCUGCAUUUGAAUGCCUUGGCUUAAGGUUUCUCCCAAGUGCAAACUCAGAUGAUCUGGUUUUACAUAGGCCCAGUUGUGCCUGUCAUGUAUUGUCAUUAUUUUUGGGUCACGGAGCUGUGUUUCUUAAAAAUACAUUUUAUGACGUUAUUUCCAGAGUCCCAAAAGAUUAGAUAAAGGUUUGAAGGCAUUUCUCAAAUUCAAGUCUUUUUUCCUUUUCCACACAAAUACGGCAGCUGCAAAUAAUGUAUCCCCUUGCUUCAUGUGUGAACGUGGACCAAUAUUCACAUGUUUUUUUAGCUGUUACAUUUUCUAUAUUAAUGUUACUUUCUAUUUUUUCUAUUUUUCAUAUAUAAUAUUGCAUUUAUUUGGCCGUGGCCCAUAUGCAACAUCUUGUUUAUUUAGAGCCCAAAGAGGUGAAGUCAGCAAAGAAAAUCAAGGAAGGUGUGUCCCAAUUCUCCUUUAUGACGAUUUGUGAGUGUCAAUUUUACAUAGCACAACCAAACGAUGAAAUAUUCUGUUGUGAAAAUUAUAAAAGAUUAGAAGGAAAAUAACCUUUUAUUGUACAAAAUCGUUUUAUCCAGAUUGAUAAAGGCAUCCUUCAUUGAUUUUGAUCAGUGUUGUUGUGUUGUUAAAUGACUUGAUGGACUUAUUAUUAUUAAUUAUUUUCAAACGGAUGUUUAGCUCUGUGUCUCAAAUGUAAUUGUAAGCAAAAAGGGCCCAACCAGAGGCUACUUGGACCCCAGCUCUGAUUUGACGUUGAAGCCAAACUGAACUGAGUUCAGUGUAUAUAGAACUAGUUUGAUUUAUUUACCUUGUCAGCAGCUAGUAUGCACAGACAAAACGCCCAAACUCUACCCUCAUUGCCACUGAAGGCCAAGGCCUGAUAUAAGACUGUUACCUCGCUGAGUUUUGACUGCAAAGGACUGUUUACUUAAACUUAUCAAGAUAGUAUUUACUCUAUAUUUGUACUGACUUUAUUUUGUGAUGCCGAGAAUUGAAAAAUUGAAAUUGAAGAGCUCAUGUUGGUACGGCUGAAGUGCUGUUUUGCCAGGAAAAAACUAAAUAUCAGUCCCUGUUCAUUCAGGAUUACUCAAGAAUGUUUGCCCCCGGGAAAGUGUUCUCCCCUUUUACCCCUGCAGCUACAAGACAGCAGGAUUUUUAGAAGUAUCUUUAUGUGAUUGUAUGUGGAUUAGUUCAGAUAAAUAUUGCUACAACAUGUGGUGUUCUUUGAGGGUAUCCUUGUGCAAUUCUACCUGCGGCUCUUCAGUGUACGCAUGUGUGAGAGAGUUAUCGUCGGCCGUGUUGUUGUGCUGUUUAAAUCAUCGUUGCUUAUUAUGAGGCCAAAGUCGAUUGUUGCUGGUAUUUGUUAACAUGUCAAUAUAAAUAUCCAAACAUGUUUAUGUCAUCAUGAAUAUCAAGUUGAUUUUGUAUCUUGGUGUAUAGCAUAGAGAUUUCUGAUGCUUACUCUGAUGUAAAAUCAAAACUAGCAGAUUCUCUCAUAUCUAUUUGUUUGGUUGCACAUGUCCUGGUGCUGUUUUUCCCCAGAAAGCGCAGUAUUUAAUUUCCUUCAAUUCGAGGUUUUUCAAUUGAUGCUCAUUGGGAUUCUACCUUGUUGAACACAGAAAUCUGCGUUACUUUAUUCAGCAAAACUGUGGAUUUUGUGUCAAAAUAAAAGCUUCAAAAUGCUACCAAA